AUGCGUAGUGGCUCCGACGUACAUAAAGCAGCUGGACUCUUUUAUGCUGGGAUUAUGAUGAUGGUUCGCUAUGCUUAUGGUCAGGCUUGUUUGUUGGAUCCUACAGAGGAAUUGACAUCGACUGAUCCGCCAGAUUCCAGCCCGAUGCACCGGUGCCUUGUCACAAAAUGGCCCACCAUUCGUAUAACCUGGGAGGGGGACAGCGUUCCCUCGCUUAAUUAA